AUGGAGAAUAUGGUCUUCGUCGUAUUUAUAUUCAUAUUUCGUCAUACAAAUAAUUGGGCCAUUUUAGUUGAUACAUCUCGUUUUUGGUUCAAUUAUCGUCAUAUAGCCAAUGUAUUAUCGAUUUAUCGUAGUGUUAAACGCCUUGGAAUACCUGAUUCAAAUAUAAUAUUAAUGUUAGCCGAUGAUAUGGCAUGUAAUGCUCGAAAUCCUCGUCCAGCAAUGAUAUUUAACAAUAUUGACGAACAAAUUAAUGUUUAUGGAGAUGAUGUAGAAGUAGAUUAUCGUGGCUACGAUGUAACAGUAGAAAAUUUUGUACGAAUACUUACCAAUCGUUUACCAGAAGUGACACCAGCGACAAAACGUUUAUUAAGCGACGAAACAUCGAAUAUCUUUAUUUAUAUGACUGGUCAUGGUGGAGAUGGUUUUUUAAAAUUUCAAGAUAAUGAAGAAAUAUCAUCAGUAGAAUUAGCCGAUGUUAUGGAACAAAUGUGGCGUAAAAAACGUUAUCAUGAAUUAUUUUUUGUUGUUGAUACAUGUCAAGCGGCAACAUUAUUUGAAAAAUUUUAUUCACCAAAUAUUUUAGCUGUUGGUAGUUCAAAACGUGGUGAAGAUUCACUAUCACAUCAUGUUGAUCCAAAAAUUGGUGUCUAUGUUAUUGAUCGUUUUACUUAUUAUGUUUUAGAAUUUUUAGAAAAAUUAAAACAAGAUUCAUUAAAAACAAUUGAAGAUUUUUUUAAUUGUUGUCCUCGACAUUUAUGUAUAUCGACGGUAACAUGGCGAACAGAUUUAUUUCAAAAACGUGACUAUAGACAGACAUUAUUAACAGAUUUUAUUGGAAAUGUUAGACGAAUUAAAAUAUUAAACUUUAAUGAUAAACAAUUAGAUAGAGAAUAUAAUUGUUUUAAAAAUACAACAAAUGAAGAGGAAAGAAAAAAUUCUGUUAUUGAACGACGACAAUUUGUCUAUGUUCAACAACUACCCUUGUAA